CCGGUGUGGGUCCGGGCGCCUCACGGAGCGCGGUCACGCGGAGGCACGCUCCGAGAGAGCAGGCGAGCGCGCGCGCGCGCUCCCGCCGCCCUCCACGGUGACGUGCCUGGCCGAGGCCGCGCUAGGGCGCUGGAGCUGCUACAGAGCGGCUGUCAUGGCGUCGGAGGCGCUAGCAGAGGAGAGCCGGCCGCGGUGUCUAUAGGACCAGGGGCGGGCGGCCGGGGAUGGAGAACGGCCCUGACAGCCCACAGCCUCUGGAACUCGGGGUGGCGGCCGGGCGAGUGUCGCCACCCGAAGGGCGACGACACGGCGGGCGCGAGGCUGAAGAUGGUCCGGCUGGACGCGCGGUGGACAGCGGCGGGCAGGGGGCGGCGGCAGCGCGGAGCAGCCUCGGGGACCCGACGUCCCCUUCGCAGCAAGGAUGCGGCGUGGGCUCGGACUUGAAGGACAGCGCGUCGUCGAGCCCUGCCGCCUCGGAGGCGCCUUCAAGAGGGCAGCGCAAGGUGACCGCCUCCCCGGAGCUGGCCGAGGCCGCGGCGGGCCGAGGGUCGGGGCCAGUGGACGACACCGGCACCUGCAGGGUGGAGCAGGCGGCGGAGGAGCCCAGCAGCACCGGCGCCCUGAGCAGCAGCUGCAGCGAGCCGAGCCCCCCUGGGGACUCACCCAGCUUGGACUCCCUGGAGUCUUUCUCCAACCUGCAUUCUUUCCCCAGUAGCUCUGAGUUCAAUAGUGAAGAGGGAGCAGAGACCAGGGUCCCCGAGGACGUGGAGGAGGGCGCGGCGGGGCCGCCCAGGGCUGCACCUCUAUGCAAAGAGGAGGAGGAGGACCCGGCUCAGGUGCUGGCGGCCUCCAAAGAACGCUUUCCCGGACAGUCUGUGUAUCACAUCAAAUGGAUCCAGUGGAAAGAGGAGAACACGCCCAUCAUCACCCAGAAUGAGAAUGGACCCUGCCCUUUGCUGGCCAUCCUCAAUGUUUUGCUUCUCGCCUGGAAGGUGAAACUUCCACCAAUGAUGGAAAUCAUAACUGCGGAGCAACUGAUGGAAUAUUUAGGUGAUUACAUGCUUGAGGCAAAGCCAAAAGAAAUCUCAGAAAUUCAACGUGUAAAUUAUGAACAGAAUAUGAGUGAUGCUAUGGCGAUCUUGCACAAACUGCAGACAGGCCUGGACGUGAAUGUCAGGUUCACUGGGAUUGAUGACAUUGUAAAAGCUGUUGGCAACUGCAGCUACAACCAACUGGUAGAGAAGAUCAUCUCCUGUAAGCAGUCAGACAACAGCCAGUUGGUUAGUGAAGGCUUUGUAGCUGAGCAGUUUCUAAACAAUACAGCCACUCAACUGACGUACCAUGGAUUAUGUGAACUGACUUCAACGGUUCAGGAAGGAGAACUCUGUGUGUUCUUUCGGAAUAAUCAUUUUAGCACCAUGACAAAAUACAAGGGUCAACUGUAUUUGUUGGUAACAGACCAGGGGUUUCUUACUGAAGAAAAAAUUGUCUGGGAAAGCCUCCACAAUGUAGAUGGUGAUGGAAAUUUCUGUGACUCAGAAUUCCACCUUCGGCCUCCUUCAGAUCCUGAGACUGUAUACAAAGGUCAACAAGACCAAAUAGAUCAGGACUACCUUAUGGCACUGUCACUGCAACAAGAACAACAGAGUCAAGAAAUCAAUUGGGAGCAAAUCCCAGAAGGAAUCAGUGACUUGGAGCUGGCAAAGAAACUCCAGGAAGAGGAGGACCGACGGGCCUCUCAGUACUACCAGGAGCAGGAGCAGGCUCAGGCUGCUGUGGCUACCAUCACCCCUUCCACACAGGCCCAGCAGGACCCGCCAGCACAAGCCUCUCCAUCAAGUAUAAAACAGCCUGGGAAUAGUGAACGGAAGCGCAAGGAACCUCGGGAAAAAGACAAAGAGAAAGAAAAGGAAAAAAAUAGCUGCGUGAUUUUGUAGGGAAUGGCUGGCGUUUGUGGGAACCACCUAUGCAGAUGACGGAAAGGAAGACCCAGUACCUACCGUCUGUGCCUGAUCUCCCAAUGGAUUUUGCUCAUGUUUUCCAGGGGAAGGUUGUUAUUUUGUUACAAUCAACUUUUUCAAGUUACACAAUACACUCUUUAUGAGCUGGAGUUUUAUGUUACAAGUUGGAAAUGUUGUAUGUUGUCACUGUAGCCAAAUGAGUAUAUCACUCCUAUUUUGUGUCUAGUGACAUUGCAACUCCAAUCAGUUAGUAAGCUACUGUGUUCUGUGUGACAAUGGAUGGAGGUCACUGAAUGAGUUUGAUCCUUCUCAAGAUGUAAUUAUUAGCACAACUAUUUCUGAAAUUUUACGUUGUUAAAUUAUGUUCUAAUCCAUAAGAAAUGAGGAGUUUAAUAUAGGGGAGGGGAACGCAGGAAUAAUGACCCUUCAUUGUACAUUGAACUGGUUCAGCCCUUGAGCAGCUUUACCUUUCUUUAGUAAUGUACAUUUUAGCUAUUAUCUUGAGAACUGAUAAUGGAGCUUGGAUCCAAUUUAGAUAGAAAAAAUAUUUUUUAUUUUCCAAUAGCAAAAAAAAAAAAAAAAAAAAAAAAUACAUGAUACUAAUACUUAUAACCUAUCCAGAUGAGAUACUGACUUUGUAGUGCUGUGAGAUGUUGAAGAAUUUCAACACCUUCAGAGCCUGAAUGGUGGCUUCUGUUUGAUAAGGAUGUAAUACAUGAGUGAGGAGAAGACCACACUCAGGUUUAGCCUUGUAAAUAUAAGGACAGAGAAGAGCAAAGUUCACUGUCUACCUUUUUCUAGAAUUACCUUGAACCUUAAAUUUUAAAUCAUGUUUAUUGCUAGAAAAUUAAGCAUAGUUAUUUAAACCAAUAAAAAGCACAUUUCUGAAGGAGAGUUAAUCUCUUGACUCUAAUGAAAAGAUAUUAAUAAAAUUCUAAACAUAGGUAGGAAUCUGAAGGAAUUUAUGUAAAAGCAAUCAGUUUUUUUAACUUAUGAGAACCAAAUAAACCUAAGACAUCUUACAUUAUUUAUAGGAUUCUGAAAGAAUAUUUACUCAGCUUUGUGAUGAGGCAGCACAUAUUGUAUUUCUAGAUACAAUUUGGAAAACUAUCCUUAACAUGCUUUUUUAUAUACUUUGUAUUUAGAAUUUGUUUCAGUCAUUUUUGAAGAUUAUUGCCAGUGCACGUAGCUGUGUAAUUUAUCCUAAACCUUAGUAAAUUUUAUUCAGGAGCAUCACAGAUUGAACAUCCAGUUAGAGAAUAUUCCUUGUGGUCUGGAGGCAACGAAAGACUACCAAAAGAAAAUAGUGUAGAGUUUAAGACUAUUGUCAUUGAUGUUUUCCAUGAUCCCAAACCAGCCAUAGGCUAAAUAUAUAUGUAAAAGGUAGAGUUUUAUUUAUGAAAAGUAUUGUUCUAAGAGGACAAAACCUUCAGGGCCAUGCUGCAUCCUUCUGUCCUUCUAUGUUACGUGUCUACUUAUGUCCUUUGUUGUUUCUUCAGAUUUUCUAUACUAGCAUGGGGACUAAUCAGGGAACCUGCCUGUGGUAUAAAAUUUGUGUAUAAAAUACCUGGUAAGUCUCUUAAUUCCAACCUAGAGUGAGUAUGAAUUGUCAGAGAUCAGACCCCAUUGGGUGGACUGACCUCAGCAUAAACACCCAUGAUUGUGCUCUGCUGAUUGGAGGAGAAAGUUCAAACCUCAGAGUUUGCUUUUCCCAGAAACAAUAAACCUUGAGUAAUUGUAAAAAGUAUGCUUGAGGCAUAUUUUUCCAUAAUUAUAUUGCUAUUGCCCUUGAAUAUUUUGUUAUUGCCCUUGAAGAAUCUAUAUAUAAAAGUUAAUGUUAUUUUUUACUAUCUCACUUUUUCCAAAGAUAAUACUGCCAAUACUGCGUUCCCUUUAAAAGAGGAAAAAAGAAAAGAACAACACACACACACACACACACACACACAGCUCACUGAAAACCAUCAGCAUUGCUGUCAGAGAAAGAGUCAACGCAUACUUAAGAUCAGCAAAGCACUGUGUUUGUUCAUCCAACCUGUUCUUAUGUGAGGUUUCCAAGUUGGGCUUGGCUACAUUCCUGGAAUUCAGUUGGAUAUGACAAGAGUCAUAUCAAACUUAGAUGUUUGUUUUGAUUACUGUGGAAGAGGUUAAAUGUUUGACUCUAUUAAAACAAAUUUCUGAGAUAUGCUUUCCUGUCCUUGAAGGCUUGUCAAGGUUCUAAACUGCCAUGUAUUUAUUUCCUAUGUUUUGCUCAAGGUAGCAAGUGAUAUUCAGCAUAUUAUUGCUUAUUUGGGUAAAUAGUACUUUGAAAAUGAUAUUUUGAGGGAUUUUUUUCCCUUACAUUACUUUGUAAUACUUGACAUUGUUAUAUAUAUAUUGCUAACAGAUGUUA